AUGAUUCUGUUUAUCUGUGACUGUGGCAAAUCAUCCACAGAUCUCCAGUGCCUGGCUAAAACCGAUUUCAAAUACAUGACAAGUUACUGUUCAAAGGCAGUGCAGGUGGACGACAGUCUCCUUCUAACCCUGACCUUCCCAGAGAACCUACCAGAUCACAGAAACCACGACUUCAUUCAUUGUGACCUAGUUUUGGAGGCUCCCAAAGGAAUGAAGCUAUUUUCUCAUUUUUUGCAGCUUCGAAUUUCACCAGUCCAGGACCACUCAGACAGGCUUCACCUCUAUGACCUAACUCCAAACAAUACUCGACUGACUCCGGUGGAAGGACUGUUUGGUGCCCUUGACAGAACCAAGUCACAGUCUGACGGCUCAGAUGCUCAGGUUAAUGAUUACAGAACACGCAGCAAUAAGAUGAAAGUUGACUACCUGGGAAAACCAACAAAGGACAGUCCUGGCUUUCGUCUCCUUGUAUCCAUCAUUCAAGAUCCAACACACAGCGGCCAAUGUCCAGUGAAACAUUAUUUCUGCAGAGUCAAGCGGAUGUGUAUACCUCGUCAACUGUGCUGUGACGGCAACCACAACUGUGGCAAUAGUGAUGACGGCGACGAGGAGCAGUGUGACAGAUAUAACACAGCCACCGAUUUACUUGCUGGAUAUUCUUUAACCAGGGACAUCAUUGUGGUAACACUGCUUCCUCUGGCUGUUUUCAUCGGCUUCGCUGUUAUUGUCUUUCUCUACGCACAUCGUUACAUCAGAGACAAGAUUGACAAACCGAUUGUUCCAGCUGUUCAUUUCACUCCCUCAAAAGAAGGACAAGUCAGAAUUUCAGAAGAUACAGAAAACUAUGCUCCCCCGUCUUAUGAAGACGUCCUCGGUGUGUCAAAGACAUCUGUUCAAAAUAAAACAUACAACAGUGUCCCUGACAGAGAAAACUUUCAAGAAGAUGCUGAUUCCAGGUGUAGAACACAACCAAGUAAUAAGGAAACAGCGCAAAGUCAAAAGAUGAAAUCUGGAGACUUUAGAGAGCACGAUCUAAGCACAAUGACUAGUUCUAAAGAUGCCAACAUAAUUGAUGAUAAUGACAGAUUACAUGGCUUGUUACCACACGCCACUGAUGAUGAUGGGAAUAAAAUCGAUGGUCAAAGAAAAGGCGAGAAAGGAAAAACUAAAGUGCACAGUAAUGAAAGUUGUCUAUAG